GCCGAACUUUAACUGUUCCACAAGACAUGGCUGACGCUGAAGUAAGAGAUAGGGUGAAGGCUAGCUCUGGAGAGAAAUGUGUUGAUUCGAGUGUGUCAGUCACAAAUAUGAAUGUAAAAACACCGGACCUUCGAAGCGUCUUAGUUACUAGCGUUUUAAAUUUAGAUAAACUAGACACAGAUCUAUACAGAGGGAAGCACCACUGGAUACCUCGCUCACAGCGGCUGUUUGGAGGCCAGAUUGUUGGGCAGGCAUUGGUUGCUGCUGCUAAAUCUGUCAGUGAGGACGUCUUUGCCCAUUCCUUGCACUGUUACUUUGUACGAGCAGGAGACCCCAAGGUGCCAGUGCUGUACCAGGUAGAUCGGACCCGGGACGGACGGAGCUUCUGUGUACGCUCUGUUAAAGCCAUUCAACAUGGGCAGCCCAUUCUGAUCUGUCAGGCUUCCUUCCACAUGCAUCAGCCCAGUCCUCUGCAGCACCAGUUCACUAUGCCUGCUGUGCCUCCUCCAGAAGACCUGCUGACCGUGGAAGAGCUCAUCCAGCGGUACUUGAGUCAUCCAGACCUGGCUGAGAAAGCCAAGCAAGGGCUUCAUAAGUUACUGGCUAAUGAAGUUCCUAUUGAGAUCAAGCCAGUGAACCCACCUGAUUUUUACAGACGUGUUGCCAUGGAGCCAAAAAAACUAUUCUGGGUUCGUGCCAGAGGAUAUAUUGGUGAAGGAGACAUGAAGCUGCACUGCUGUGUUGCUGCCUACGUUUCAGACUACUCAUUUCUGGGCACUGCUUUACUGCCUUACCCGGCCUACCAAGCACAGUUUUCUGCAUCCUUGGACCACGCCAUGUGGUUCCACAGCACAUUCCGUGCGGAUGAUUGGAUGCUGUAUGAGUGUGAGAGUCCUUGGGCAGGAGGCAGCAGAGGGUUGGUUCAAGGCCGGCUGUGGAGACAGGACGGCGUGCUGGCUGCCUCUUGUGCCCAAGAAGGAGUGCUGAGAGUCCAAACCGUGACUGAGAGUAAACUGUAGAAAUGAGGAGACCCUGAAUCCCAUUCUCACAAUUUCAAAAAUUCUGAAUUGAACAGAAAAAUGCGUGCAGUCCUUGGGUGAAACCUACGGAUGCUAAUAGGAGUGCACCGAUUGAUCGACUGUGGAUUGGAAACCGGCAGGUUUUCACUCCAUAAUACGUGAUUGGUGACCGGCAGGUUUAUUUUUAUUCUGGCCGAUCUGUAUUCUGAUUUUAUGAUGUACGAAAUGUGAGCAGAGUCCAUGCACAAGCUGCAGUGGAAUGCUUCUGUUAUAUCUAGUUGCUACAUGGCUUAAAUGUGCCUGCCAAAUAAAUAUAUAUGUAAUAAUAUCUUUUCCAAAAUGUCAGACAUCUGGAAACAAUACAAAGUGUCUGGAAACAAUACAAAGUGUGUUGAGCGGACCUUAAAAUGAAUGUGAAUGUUAUUUGUCAGAAUGAAAAAUAAUUCUGUCUGAACUUGCAGAAUUUAUCGCAUGCUACACUAUUGUGUGUGCACACAAAUUUAAUUUAGCUCUUUGUCUGUGUAUGCCGGUUCAAAUAAAUAUAGUCGGCCAUGAAAAUGAAGAGGCUCGAGAACAUCCUCUCAUAGUCUGAUGAAUAAUUAGUGCAACAUGUUCAGGAUUUGGAUUUUCAACAUUAUUUAGGUAUUCCACGUUAAAGGAGUACCUGCAGCUCCAGCAAAUGGCAAGUUUGCAAAUAACAGAGCUAACCAAAAGGACAAAUCCUUACGUUGAGGUGAAUCAGUUCCUUUCGUUCACUAAAAAGAUUUGUUCAAUUUAAUUGUAGCUGCCUUUUACAUGAGUACUCUUUCAAAAAUAUUGCAUAAUUUCAGACGAAGUUAAAACAUUCCUGUCCAAUAUUAGAUAUAUUCCCUUUGAAAGGAUCCACAAUUAUUGUGCCUGUACUGGUAGUUCAGCUUCCACCAAUUUUCCUACUGAUAUUGAAUUACCAUAUCUCACGUGCAUGUUGAACAAUAGCAUAAUCCCUUGUGGUUUCUUUCUGCUGUGUAAAUAAUGCACUUAGCUUCUUCUUUUUUUCUCCCUUUUUUUGGUAAAAAUUUGAUUGUUUUAUAAAUUGUGUAGAAAACAGUUUAGUCUUUCAUAUUUGAAGAAUCACUACUUGAAUUUCAAUGAUUAUGGGUAUGCAGUACAUGGUGUGUUGUAUGAGCUGGCUGCUUUUGUUCAGAUGUUGAAAUUUGGCGGUGUGAGGAUGGGGGAGGAAACUUCUUUGAUGUAGCAAGGCCAAAAAUCCUGCGUAGUUUGCCUUUAGAUUAAGAAUCAUUGAUAUUUAUCAACAAAUUUGCACUCUUGAAACUUCUGUAAAUCUGGCAAAAAUGUUUAAUUUGGUUUGGCCUAUGGAAACAUUCAUGCACAGCUUUACUAAAACAUUGUACCUCUACGUACUAAUGCAUAUUUAUUGAAAUGGGAAAAAUAAAUUAUUUUAAAAUACUGAUAA